CUCAUCUCUUCUCUCUUGAAAAUUCAAAGAAAGACAAAGAAAAGAACCCUAGCGGCGUAGCCCCCAGCCCCGGAACCUGCAGCCACCGCAACCUUCACAGCCACCGCAACCUCCACAGCCACUGCAUCCCUGCAGCCCCACAGCCCCGCAGGCCCCACAGCCACCGCAUCUCCUCUCCUCUGUUCGAGCUCUUUCUCCGUAUUUGCCGGUGUCGCCGUCUCUUCUGUCGCCGCCGUUUGGAUUUCAGAAUUUUGGAUUCGGAUCAGCUUCUUAAGCCAUGGCAAAUUUCUCACCCAAUUCAAUCAAUCAUGGCAUUGUGGAAUAUGAUUGUACAUGCUCACACACGUUCUGUCUCAAAGAGAUUGUUUUCUAGAAUGGUCACAUUAUAUGAUCACCAUCAUUUGCCAGAAAAGAUGAUUGAGAUAUUUGCAGACAUGGAGGAGUUGCAGGUAAAACCUGAUGAAGAUACGGUCAGACGAGUGGCAAAUGCCUUUAGAAAAUUUGGCCAAGAAGAAAAGAGUAAAUUGGUUACAAAACGAUAUGGGCUCAAGUGGAAAUAUAUUCACUUUAAUGGUGAACGGGUUAAAGUUAGAACAGAAGCUUGGGAAGAAGGUCCAUUUAGAAGUUGAAAUUGGUGUAUUCCAAAUUGUCAAUGAGGACACCAGUACACCACCACAUUCUAUUACCUGGGAUCUGCUGUUGUUGCGGAUUAUAUUGUUACAUUCCUAAAGCUGCUGUAUUAGAGGUUCACUAGUUUGGUUUCUUAACAUGUUUAGAGCUUAGCAGCUAACCAAUCAGGAGAGGAAGUGAGGAACUGAACUACCGUGAGGGAUCGGUGCAGUGCUCCCAGAUAUGAACACGUUGUAUACUUGUAUAUAUAUAUAUAUAUAUAUUCAAUGGAAAGGUAGCUAAAAUUUAAGAAAUGUAUUAAUAUCUAAAUAAUAGAGAGACCUUGUGUUAAUUAAUAUGAAUAUAUUAUCCCUGUUAAUGUUUU